GUCUGCUUCAUACAGUCUAUUAGUCUAUGGACCAAUGCUUCCUAUCCCACCCUCCGGCCCGACGGCCAACCUGUACGAGGCGAUAGAUCACUAUCAUUGACUGAUUGUUCUUUGUAUUGUCAGAUAAUCCAUAUCCUCCUCAAGUAGGAUCGUUCUGCCAUACUCAUAAAAGCCCGUGAUCCCCAAGUUCGGCUUCCAGCUGAAAUAUAUCCGCGUGCAAGUUUGCCUUGUCAUCGUCCAAACAUGGCGACAAAUUCAAUUGCACCUGUCCUCCCUGAGGGGGCAGGGUAUGGAGUUGUAGUUGGCAUUGGAUUCUUUUUUGCUAUUGUUAUGGCAGGCAUCUCUUACAUCCAGCAGAACCGAUACACCAAAUAUUCUACAAAGGGUAGCGAGGAGUUCAACACAGCCAGCCGGAGCGUUAAGUCCGGACUUAUUGCAGCUGGCAUCGUCUCAGCAUGGACAUGGGCUGCAACCCUGUUGCAAAGUUGCACGGUAGCUUACGAAUACGGAAUUUCUGGUCCAUUUUGGGUAUAUGCCGCAGGAGCAACCGUGCAAAUCUUUAUGUUUGCAAUCCUAGCCUGCAAAGUAAAGCAGAACGCUCCUCGAUGCCAUACUUUUCUCGAGAUCAUCCAUCGGCGCUACGGAACGGCAACUCACAUCGUGUUCAUCUUUUUCGCUCUGCUUACGAACAUUCUGGUUGCCAGCCAGCUUCUUCUCGGCGGAAGCGCAGUCGUUACAGCACUCACUGGCAUGAAUGUUUAUGCCGCAAUCUUCCUAAUUCCACUUGGAGUCUGCAUCUAUGUGGUGUUGGGUGGUUUGAGAGCUACUUUCCUCUGUGAUUAUACUCACACUUUUAUCGUGAUGAUUAUUAUCCUCUAUUUUAUGUUUUCGGUCUAUACCUCAAACGCUCUCAUCGGCUCUCCGGCGAAGAUGUUUGAGCUGUUGGCCGAAGCAUCAGUGAAGCGUCCUGCCGAGGGAAAUCAAGGCGGCUCUUACCUGACCCUCAAAUCUAACUAUGCUCUGAUCUUUGGAGUAAUACAACUCUGCUCGGGCCUGGGGACAGUCUUUCUCGAUCAAGGUUAUUGGCAAAGGGCAAUUGCAAGCAGGCCCACCACCGCAGUACGGGCCUACGUUCUUGGAGGUAUGGCAUGGUUCGCAAUUCCUUUCGGAUUUGCUACUACACUCGGACUCGCUGCCGUUGCGCUCACAGACAAUCCUGCAUAUCCAACGUACCCGGACAAUAUGACUACUUCACAGAUAUCUUCUGGACUGUCUGGCCCAUUUGCAGCUGUUGCUCUUCUCGGGAAACCAGGCUCUAUCGCACUUCUACUCACACUUUUCAUGGCUGUCACAUCUUCCUCCUCUUCCGAGCUCAUCGCCGUCUCGUCCAUUCUCACAUUCGAUGUCUAUAAGACGUACAUCAAGCUUUUCGCCACCCCGGAACAACUAAUUAAGAUAGCUCACAUCAUGAUCUGCGUAUUUGGUUUCAUCAUGGCAGCCUUCGCCUGCAUCUGGAAUGCAAUUGGCAUCGAUCUCGGAUGGCUCUUCCUCGUCAUGGGUCUUUUGAUCGGAGGAGCAGUCUUCCCAGCUGCUUUCGCCAUAACAUGGAAGAAGCAGUCCAAAUACGGUGCAGUAUCGGGGGCUCUAGGUGGCCUGGCAGCAGGUCUAGUUGCCUGGCUCGUAACAGCAAAAACCUACUAUGGCGAACUCACCGUCACCACAACAGGAGGCUCCUAUCCCACGCUCGCAGGCAACAUGGCAAGCGUUCUAACAGGACUGAUCCUGACCACCGUCAUCUCAUACAUCAAUCCAGACGACUUUGACUGGGAAAUCACGCGGGGCAUCAAUGCAUCUUCUGAAGUCGGAACUCCCAUCCCCGACUCCUCAAGCCAAGAGCAAAGCCCUUCUCGUCUUCCCCAGGACACGAAAAAGAAACCCUCUCCCCUCCGAAAAACAGAAUCAAACCUCAAUCACAACUCGACUCUCCCCACCGUUCUCGACGAAGAAAAAGAAGCCCUCGAAGACCGCGCGAUAAUGGAAAAUCCAACUCGCCUCCGUGGAGCGUUCAAAUUCGCCUGCGUCUCCGCGACAGUUCUAACUCUGCUUAUGGACUUCGUUAUCCCGAUUCCAAUGUUCUUGUCGCAUUAUGUAUUCUCGAGGGGAUUCUUUACGGGUUGGGUGGUGGUGAGUUUUAUUUGGGUUUUCUUUGCGCUGGGGAGCUGUGCGAUCUUGCCGGUGUGGGAGGCGGCUGGCUUUUUUAGGGAUUUUUGGAGGGAGGUGAGGGUUGGGAAGAAGGUGAGAAGUGAUAAUUGAUUCUUUGAAAACGAGAAAAUAGAGGUUUAGAUGCAGCUAUAGUCUGGGUAUAGAAGGCUCAAAUAGCCAGAUGUGUAUCGAGACAAAUUAGACAGUUUACUCAGGGGUACGUAGAAUGGGCGCCGUGGAGAGGGGAAAUGAACAUCCUGAAUGGACUUAAGGCCUCCAGGAAGCCGAGU